AUGGGCAUUCAUGGCAUGGAGCUUUGUGCCAUCGGGGUCGUCAUAAUCCUCUUCAUGGCCGUGCUCAAACAGUUCGGGAUCCUGGAGCCUAUGUCGUCAUUUGAAGCGCAUGGUUGUAGCAGUUCUCAGUGUUGUCCAGCAGAGGGAGCCAUCAUCCCGCAGCCCUGUGGGAUCACUGCCUCUGCUGAGGCCGAGGAGAGCGCAAAGCUGGAGGAGUCCGAGGAGCAGCGGAGGAUGAGCGUGAGGUGGGAGACAGAGGGGCUCCAGACCGUGGGGAUAGUCUGCCUGGUCAUCAUGUUCCUCAAACUGAUGCACCUGCUGGGCCUGAUCGACAUCACGGAGACCGACAGCAGCGACAGUGACCUGGAGCUGUCCACGGUGCGACACCAGCCGGAGGGACUGGACCAGCUCCAGACUCAGACCAAGUUCACCAGGAAGGAGCUGCAGUCGCUCUAUCGAGGAUUCAAAAAUGAAUGCCCGAGUGGAUUGGUGGACGAGGAAACGUUCAAGUCCAUUUACGCUCAGUUCUUUCCACAAGGAGAUGCAACGACGUACGCCCACUUCCUGUUCAACGCCUUUGACAUAAACCGUAAUGGAUCGAUCCGCUUCGAGGACUUUGUGAUCGGUCUCUCUGUGCUGCUGCGCGGCUCUGUCACAGAAAAACUCAACUGGGCUUUCAACUUGUAUGACAUUAACAAAGACGGAUACAUCACCAAAGAGGAAAUGUUGGCAAUCAUGAAAUCUAUCUACGACAUGAUGGGCCGCUACACUUACCCUUGUGUGCGCGACGAUGCCCCCUCAGAACACGUGGACAAGUUCUUCCAGAAAAUGGACAGAAACCGUGACGGCGUCGUGACGAUUGAAGAGUUCAUCGAAACUUGUCAGAAGGAUGACAACAUCAUGAGUUCGAUGCAGCUGUUUGAAAAUGUAAUAUAA